CACAAAUAACUUUGAUGUUUCCAAUAAGAUUGGAGAAGGAGGGUUUGGUCCCGUGUACAAGGGGUGUUUACCCAAUGGAACAUUAAUAGCAGUGAAGCAACUUUCUUCUAAAUCAAAGCAAGGGAAUCGUGAGUUUUUAUAUGAGAUAGGCAUGAUUUCUGCUUUGCAAAACCCUUAUCUUGUUAAACUCUAUGGUUUUUGUGUGGAGGGAGAUCAAUUGUUGCUGAUAUAUGGAUACUUGGAAAACAAUAGUUUAGCGCGUGCUUUAUUUGGUCCAAAGGAACACCAAAUUAAAUUAGAUUGGUCAACAAGGCAGAAGAUUUGUGUUGGUAUUGCUAGAGGUUUGGCAUACCUCCAUGAAGAGUCAAGACUGAAGUUUGUUCAUAGGGACAUCAAGGCCACUAAUGUAUUGCUUGAUACCAAUCUUGACCCAAAGAUAUCUGAUUUUGGUUUGGCCAAGCUUGAUGAGGAGGACGAUACUCACAUUAGCACUAGAAUUGCUGGGACCUAGCACUGUAAACCCAUUAACGAAAUCAGCUUUUAUCAAAGAAUCGUUCAUCGUCACCAGCACCCUUGGAGGAAUCAGUUUUCUUUGGAAGCAACAGGUUGUGAAUAUUGGGCAUCACGCCGCCAUUGGCAAUGGUAACAUCACCAAGAAGCUUUCUCAGUUCUUCAUCGUUUCUAACAACCAAUUGAACAUGCCUUGGCACAAUUCUAGUCUUCUUGUUAUCCCUUGCAGCAUUUCCAGCCAAUUCAAGAACCUCAGCAAAUCAGCAUUAACUUCAACAAUUUCCUUACUUCCUAAUUCCAAUUUGGAUAAGUCUGUUUGUAACAAAAGCAAUGCAAAACGUGACACUCAGCAGAUUAUCCAGCCUUACCUAUCCGAUAUCUCAGAUUACCUUCGCACAAUGGAGAUGCAGGAAAAACGAAGACCAACGGGUGAUUACAUGGAUAAAGUUCAGAGAUGCAUUACUACAAAUAUGAGGAGAACAUUGGUGGAUUGGUUAGUUGAGGUUGCGGAUGAAUACAAACUUCUCCCAGAAACUCUUCAUCUAGUUGUUUCCUACAUUGACAGAUUCCUAUCUAUCCAUUCUCUCAAUAGAUCCAAGCUUCAGCUGCUCGGUGUUUCCGCUAUGCUCAUUGCAUCGAAGUAUGAAGAAAUCACUCCACCAAAAGCAGUGGAUUUCUGCCAAAUUACUGAUAACACAUAUGAACUGCAUGAGGUUUUGGAGAUGGAAGCUCACCGUUUUCACUGCAGUAAAAAAAAAACACAUGGCAUUGGCAACAGUAAAAUCUCAGGAAAAUAUCCCAAUUUGGCAUCCAGACAAAACAAUGAAGAAGAAAGCGUGGCUCAGAUUACCUGUUACGAAUCCGUACAUCAAAUGGACCAAUCCGAUACUGAGCACAAAGAAAGUGCUUUGCAGGAACACCUCUUUUGA